GACCUGCACUGGGCAGGCUAUUGCUGGUUGACAUUUGUUAAUAAAUAAAAUACCUUAUUCUUCUGUUGAGGAAAGUUUGGGCAGGCUUGAUAAUUGCUGAGAUGAUGUGUAAUUAUCAACCGCUAGUGAUAAAUCUGGGAUGGCUCUCUUCUGCCCUCUGCAGCUUGUAGACUGCCCUGAAAUUAUUUUUGUUGCAGGCAAAUCAGAAUUUCAGAAACAGAAGGGCAUUCAUUGUCCUGUGUUACCUCUCUUGUGGAGCUGUGAUUUGUGAAACAACAUGGUUCCAUUCUUUGGAGAUUUGUGGCUGGCUUACUCAUGGAAUGGGACUAAAACAGACAUCCGUGCUAGCAAUGGAUCCUACUGCUACAGCAGAGCACGGGGAAGUACUGUGCUUCAAGGUGUAAGCUUUGGUGGAGUCCCUAUUGUCCUUCUGCUCGAUGUUACUUGCUUUUUGAUUUUAUUGUUGGUAUUUUCUUUUAUAAGAAAAAGAUUCUGGGAUUAUGGUCGUAUUGCCCUGGUUUCGGAAGCAUUGAGUGAUACCACUGUAUCUGGUGAAUUAACCAAUCCUGAUGAUUUGGACCCCGAUGAAGGUUUUUGUUCUUGGAUGAUAUCUGCCUUUCGAAUGAGCGAUGAAGAGAUUCGUGUAAAAUGUGGGGAUGAUGCCAUUACCUAUCUCGCCUUUCAGCGCCACCUCAUCUGCCUGCUUAUUGUAGUCAGCAUGCUGUCUUUGUGCGUCAUACUUCCUGUCAAUUUAUCAGGCGACUUACUUGAUAAAGACCCUUACAGCUUUGGCAGAACUACUAUUGCAAACCUAAGAGCAGGCAACAAUCUUUUCUGGCUACACACUAUUUUUGCUGUUGUGUACAUGAUUUUGACUGUUGUCUUUAUGAGACAUCACACUCAAGCCAUCAAAUAUGAAGAAGAAAGCGUAGUAAAACGCACAUUGUUCAUAACUGGGCUUCCCAAAAAUGCCAAAGCAACAACCAUAGAAAAUCACUUUAAUGAAGCGUAUCCAACCUGCAAUGUACAAGAGGUCCAGUUAUGUUAUGAUGUAGCCAAACUCAUCUCCCUCUACACAGAAAGAAAACAGGCAGAGAAACAUGUGGCUUAUUAUACGCAAGUGUUUCAGAAGAGUGGUAAACGAUGUUUGAUACACACAAAACGGUUUGGCCAGUUCUGUUGUUGUGAUGUCAGAGGUUGCAAAAAGGAGGAUGCUAUAGAUUACUACACCAAGGUUAGCAAUAAACAUUUGAGUGAAUAUUUGAAAGAGGAGAAGCUAAUUUAUGACAAGCCACUGGGAAUGGCUUUUGUAACAUUUGAUGAGAAAACCAUGGCAACACAUGUUCUUAAAGAUUUCAAUGCCUGUAAAUGUCAAGGCUUUAGGUGUAUUGCAGAACCUCAGCCGUCAGCUUACAGCAAGGAACUCUCUGUUUCAAAGUGGAAUGUUGCAUAUGCUACUUAUCCAGAGGAUAUCUAUUGGGAAAAGCUCUCAGUUCAAGGGGUGAAGUGGUGGUUUCUUUGGCUUAGCAUCAACUUGUUCCUGUUUAUUGUGCUCUUUUUCUUGACAACCCCUUCCAUCAUUAUCUCGACAAUGGACAAGUUUAAUGUAACCAAGCCUAUUCACUAUCUUAAUAACCCUGUUGUGAGCCAGUUCUUCCCAACACUCAUUCUGUGGUCCUUUUCAGCUUUGCUGCCAUCAAUAGUAUUGUACUCAACGUUUCUUGAAUCGCACUGGACAAUGUCUGGUGAAAACAGAAUAAUGAUGCAUAAGGUCUACACUUUUUUGAUCUUCAUGGUGCUAAUUUUGCCUUCACUUGGUUUGUCUAGUCUCGAUGUAUUCUUUCGUUGGGUGUUCGACCGUGCAUCUGAAUCUAGAUUUAGAUUAGAGUGUGUCUUUUUGCCUGACCAAGGAGCUUUCUUUGUGAACUAUGUGAUUGCAUCGGCUUUCAUUGGCACUGGAAUGGAGCUGUUGCGUUUGCCAGGACUCCUGGUAUACACUGCUCGCAUGUUUAUGGCCAAAUCCAGUUCUGAGAGAAAACACGUUAAGCAGCACCAAGCAUUUCAGUUUGCGUUUGGAGCAAUGUAUGCAUGGACACUCUGUGUGUUCACUGUCAUCAUGGCCUACAGCAUCACCUGCCCCCUUAUUGUCCCAUUUGGAUUAAUUUAUUUGCUCCUAAAGCAUACCGUUGACCGCCACAAUCUCUACUUUGCAUACCUUCCUGCAAAGCUAGAGAAACGAAUCCAUUCUGCAGCUGUGACCCAAGCCCUUGCAGCUCCAAUUCUCUGCCUGUUUUGGCUGUAUUUUUUCUCCUUUUUGAGGCUAGGUUUUAGAGCACCUACAACUUUAUUUACGUUCCUAGUUGUAGCCAUAGCAAUUUGUGUUUGCACAGGCUAUACCUGCUUUGGCUGCUUCAAGUACCUCAGCCCUCUGAAUUAUAAGACAGAGAAAAAAGAUGAUACGGGAGCUGAUGCUAUUUCAGUAACUACAGCUCGAAGAUCUGCUGUGUUUGUACCCCAUGUUCUACUGCGUUCUCCUAAUGAAAGGUCAGUUCUGGAUAAUUUGGAUCACCAGAACUAUGGCACCAUGGGAAAAACUGGAAGAAGGGACACUGUCAUUCAUGUCUCUUACCCUGAGGAACCUGCUUUCUUUGGAGAGAUGUAAACAUGUGUGUCUCCUCGUCAGGGACUAACAAAAGGUGGCGCCCUUGGACCUCCGGAUUUCACAAAAUAUUCUGUGUUGCACAGUCUUUUUCUUCCAAAGGGAGCACUGAUCUGGGUUUCAUUUGCAGUGCUGAUUUUACGAAGUUGCCACCUUGGGUUUGGUCAUUUUUUAUAGGUCAUUGCACAGAUUGUGGUACAUUUAUACUGAACAACGAUGCUCAGAGGAAUUAUUUUGGGUUUACUUAAUUGUUUGCCUUUAUGGAAAGAUGUGACUGUAUGGACAAAUGCUAGAUCACUGGGACCAAAAGCGUUGUCAAACUUGGCACCUACCUUUUGGGGUUUGGGUUUCAUUUUUUGGUUUUUAAAAUUAUGCCUCCUGAAUUUUAACCAUUCUGUUAAACACUUUUGGCUUAUGUCCAAAGGGCACUCCUGUUUUGAUACAAAAAAAGCCAAGCAAAUGUGAUCUGGGGAGCCCUCUGGUCCUCCUCUAAUGCUCCAGUUGGCUGAAGUGCUGCUUCUCUUAAAAAAAGACAGACUAUUUUUCUGCAAAUACAGUACAGAGAUAUGAUGUUCCAAAACUAUAGGAGAUGACAGAUUGUAUUUAUAUGAGAACUUUUAAGUAGGGGCUAAAUUUGUUAUUUUCUGGUCACUAUUUUAAGGGCUUCUAACAAGGGAAGUUUAUGAGCCAAACAAUAAAGGAUAUGAACAUUUUAUCACUUUUAAUCUCUCUGCUUUAUCAAACAAAGAUCUGCUUUAAGUGUCAAGAUUACCAUAAGUAUGUAAGACAUUUUUUAAAUUAUGAAGUAGGUAUAAAUGUUUACCAAAAGCUAUGUUAAAGGAUAAUUAAGCAAUCACACUCAAUAAAACACAAAUUCAGAUAC